UUCCUCAAAAGGAGAGGGCGAACGACCGCCGUCGUCUGUCGCCGCCGAGAGAAGAAACUGGCUUCGCUCGGGGAACCCUUUCCCGUACGCAUCGCCACCGAGUACGGAGAACGCCAGUGACCGGCGGGGGGAGCGCACGCUUGACUGCAGGGUUCACGAACGCGCGGCGUCGGCAUCAGCGCGCGCAGUUCGGUUCAAGAAACGUCUUGCACGCACACGGGCAAACGAUGGAGUCUCCACAGGCCGACAUAUUCGGCGGCACGGCUGAGGCAGGAGUACCUUGGUUUCCGCUUCGCGAUAAGAGGACCGAAGGAUGGCCGCUGACCGGCAGCCCGCUGCCAGUCGCCAUCAUCACGGCCGCGUACGUGUAUUUCGUCAAGGUCGCCGGACCCCGAUGGAUGUCGAGGCGCAAGCCUUACGACCUGCGGGGCUGCAUCCUCAUCUACAACCUGGUGGCCGCGCUGCUCAGCGCGUUCUUCGUGGUGCGCUUCGCCAAGCUCGCCUACUGGGACCGCGGCUACUCGUUCCUCAUGGACCUGGACAUCAGCAACGAGCCGGCCAGCCUGCAGAUCGUCAAUCUCUCAUGGUAUUUAUACAUGUUCAAGCUGUCCGAGCUGACCAGCACUGUAUUCUACGUGCUGCGGCGCAAGUACGACCAGGUGACUACGCUUCACGUGGUGCACCACGUAAUCGUCGCCUGGAACGUCUGGAUCAACGUCACCUACGCCGCCCAGUCGCACACAAUGUUCGUCGUGUGCAUCAAUGGCUUCGUGCACGUGCUCUCAUAUCUGUACUACUUCCUGUCCGCGCUCGGGCCGGCGUUCAAGAAGUGGCUCUGGUGGAAGCGCUACCUCACCAUGGUGCAGAUCGUGCAGUUUGUGCUGUACAUGGUGCACGCCGUGGGCCUGAUCUUCGCAACGGGAAACUACGUGCCCCUCUUCGUGUGGCUCGAGUUCGGACAGGCCGUGCUGUUCUUCUCACUAUUCGUACUGUUCUACGUGAACUUGUAUGCCAAGGACAAAGGGGGGCCGUGCGGCCCUGUCAGAGCGGACUAGACUGAACGCUUCUACAAAGGCUCGGCUGGCUUCGCAAAAAAGCUCGAGCACGAGCCGUGGCGUGUAGUGAGAACUGACUGUCAUCUGGGCCUCUUCGACCCGCGAUUGCCGCGAGCAUGAGUGCGGCGAAUAAACACCGCAGGUCGGGGAUUCCCAGGUAGUGUUUGGUCUUAAUUAUAUGUAUAAUAUACAUGAUUUCGGUGAUUGCGGCGCGCAUACAAGUCGCGCUGUUCCGUUUGUGUGUUAAUCCCUUCUAAGGUGACACUCAGACGCCCUGUACAGUGAUUCUAUUUUUGCCCUUUACCAUCUUCAAUAUAUCUUGUUGAAAGCCGUGUAGUGAGAAUGCUGUGAGUGGUCUUUUCCUAUUACUGAUGCGAUAUGUCUGUGAUAGUACUGGGAACGUGCUAGGGUAAACGCGCUUUUUCUAUGCGAUUCCAUCACACUUUAUGGCAAUAAUUGCCGAGACAGUUUGUAGGUGUAACUUAUGACGAAGUGCAUGUAUAGCCUUUGUAUAUUUUAUAGCUCAUACGGAAAUAAGCUUCGCGAAAAUCAAGAAGCUUCUGGACUACUACUGGACUUUUCCAAGAUGGUUGAAGUGGUUUAUCAGGGGAAUGACAAUAAAUAUGCAUAUCCUUAACGACGUCUCACGCGUGUUUCUGUGUGGUUUAAAAAUAACAUUACGACAUCGAGCGCUUCUUACGGGCUUCGGCGUUGUAUGCGCUGUGGGCGGCCUUGCUAUG